AUGUUACCAGAUUGGAAAGCUCGCAAAAGUGUGAAAGAAGCUCUUCGCCGACGCUUAUUCAAAAAAGACCAGAUCAAGGCUCUUGUACCAGAUAAAAGGAAUGAAAAACUUACUAUCAAAGAGAGAGCUCAAUACUGUGCGAAAUCUGGAGAUCCAUAUGAUAUUUACUUACAUGCUUUAGAUUUAAUCAAGACAAAAAAUGAUAGUGAUGAAGAAAUUGUCGCAUCCAGCUCACGUCUUACAUUAUUUCGUAAGGAAUUGAAAGAAGCUGGAGUUGAUUCUAAAGUAAUUGAUAAAUAUGCUAAAUUUUCAGAUCUUACUCAAGCAUCUAACGAAAUUCAGAAGAAGCAACUUCCAGAUGCGAAAACAUCCUCAUUUCAUGAGACAAAAAUAAAAUAUUGA